AUGGGUCUGUGGAGGAAAUUCCGGAGGCAGACCUCUACAAAUAUACUAGGCAUCGCUGGGUUCAGACACAACGAGGCGUAUAAUCUAUCCCAGAGAUAUCUCAAAUUCAACCUACAGGAGCUCGUACGCGUCGCAGUCAAAGCCAAAUCUGAAGACGGUGCCCGUCGAUGUGUAGAAGUCCUCAAAUGCAAGGAAGGCAUGAACAAUAAGGCAUUUCUGCUGACCAUGGACAAUGGGUCAGUGGUAUUUGCAAAGUUGCCCAACGCAUGCGCAGGGCCUGCUUUUUACACGACAGCCUCGGAAGUUGCAACCCGUACUUUCCUACGCGAAAUCCUGGAUAUCCCAACUCCUCGCAUUAUCGCCUGGUCUUCCGAGAAGUCCAACCCAGUGGGAGCGGAAUAUAUACUGGAAGAGAAAGCUCAAGGCCAGCCUUUGUGGGCACUCUGGCAAGAUUGGAAUAGACUGUCAAUCAUAUCUCGGUUCGGUAUCAUAAGGCAAAUUGUCGAGUUUGAACGUAGGCUCACAGACACAGCUUUCAAGCAGUGUGGUUGUAUCUACUUCAAAGCAGAUGCUCCUUAUGGCGAGCAGCUCGCAACGACAAGAACGGCAGCACCCUCGUCCCUGGAACAAUUCAGAAUGGGCCCAUUGGUGACGAUGGAUUACUGGCAAAAAGAAAAGGCUACCAUGGAUAUGAAUAGAGGACCUUUUCACGGCGCCGUUGACUUCAUCGAAAAUAAAGCGAUCAGCGAGAAGAUGUUUCUUGAACAGCAUGGCCAUUCAAGGUUAAAUUACGCUCGUUCGCGGGUAGAGCCUGAGAUGCCUGAGGAAAUGCUGGAUCUAUUAGACACACAUCUUAAGCUCACUCCAGCUAUGGUCCCACCGCCUACAACCGAGGACAUUGAUGCCUUUACAUUGUGGCAUUCCGACCUCCAUCUUGACAAUAUAUUUGUCGAUCCCAACACUUUGCAAAUCACUAGCGUGAUUGACUGGCAAUCAACUGCAGCAACUUCUUUCUUCUGUCAUUGUGAAGUGCCAAAGAUGGUGCGACACCGAGAACCAGUCUCACUUGAUCUUUCAGACUUGCCAAAGCGGCGCGAUUGUGCCAAGGAUGCCAGUCAAAACGAAAUAGACUUCGCUGAGAAGAUGCAUAGAAGUGAGCACCUACAUCAGUACUAUCUCCAAAUCACGAGGAGGGAUAACUCAAGGCAUUGGGCUGCUCUAAAGCUAGACGAUGAGAUACAAGUCCAACCGGUUAAGAUUGUGCAACAACUGUGGGAAAGCAAUACUAUGUUCUUUCUACGACGAGCGCUCAUGCGGAUUGUCACUAAUUGGGAAAGGCUCUGCCCUGAUUCUGGCCCUUGUCCUGUAAGUUUCAGUGACGAGAAUAUCUCUCUGUUCAACCGUGAGGUAGAAAAGAGGGGGUUUGUCUCCGAUACGUUGAACCUGAUCCAGAAUAAUUAUGGCUUGAAUCCUGACGGGACAGUUGUACCGAGCAAGUAUAAUGAGAUGCAAGCCGAGCUGAAUCGUUUAAAGGCUGUUUGCUUAGAAGCCGCGGAAACUGAUGAAGAGAGAAUCGAUGUUGAGAAGUUGUGGCCAUUCCAGGAUACUGUCGACGGAGAGUCACUGGCUACAUGA